UCCCCCAUCAGAAAGAAGUCGACACACACAGGAAACACUGAAGCGGAGAGAAUAGAAUAACACACAGACACACAGAGAGAGAGAGAGAGAGAGCGAAAGAGAGAGAAUAGCUAACCUACCCUCACUAGGAGGAAGUAGGAGUAAUCUGAAGGUGAGAGACAGGAGACAGCAGCUUAAUAAAGUCAGUAUAAACAAAUUGAGGACAGCAGUUCAUCAUGACAAGUCUUCGAAGAGUGUUCUUUAGCCUCUCUGCUGCUCUGUGGAGUGUAUCUAUUGCAGAUGGGAUCGUAGUAUCAGGAUAUGAGGGAGGAGAAGCAGAGAUCAGUUGCUCCUAUGGCCAUGGGUAUGAGAAUUACAAUAAGUACCUCUGUAAUAGGCACUGUGACAACUCAGAUAUUGUCAUUGAAACUCAAUUGAGAGUUCACCACACUAAGAAAGGCAGCUUUUCUCUGCAUGAUGAUAUAAAGAGAAGAGUCUUCACUGUGAAUGUCACUAAACUGACCCUACAGCAUGCUGGGAUAUACUGGUGCGCGGUGAGCAGAUAUGGGAAAGACAUCUAUACAGAAGUCAGACUGCAAGUUGUCAAAGACUGGUGCUGUGACAACCAUGCCCUCGUCCAGGGCAACAGCCAAGCUUCUGUGUCAAUAAGCUGCCCCUACAAGCCUCAGCACAAGGAGAGUCAGAAGUACUUCUGCAUAGGGACCCGACCCUCAACAUGUCUACAACAGGCUACAGUCACAUCCAACCACAACACUGGGAGGUUCUCUCUCCAUGACAACAAUGCAGAUGGAGUGUUCACCGUGACAAUCACUGAUCUGACCCAAGAGGAUUCUGGGAUGUAUAUGUGUGGCGUCCAUGUCGAUCGAGGUUUGGAUGUCUACUCUGUGGUUCAUCUAGAGGUCAAAGAAACAACAACGCCUCUGUCUCCAUCUCCGAUGACCCUUGUCACCACCGUGACCUCAGUGACCUCUACAUCAUCAUUAUCAUCAUCAUCAUCACUAAUGCCCCCGUCAUCAGCAGGCUUCACCAACAGGACCUAUGUGUUUAUUGCGUUCACUGUGAUGACUUUUUCUGUGAGUCUGUCUGUGUUGAUGUUGGCACUCAUCAUAAUAUACAGAUGCAAAAGGAUCCAGGGGUCUGCAGAACCACACAGAGAAACAGGGCUGUUUGAGUCGGUGUAUGAGGAUGUUUAUGAGAAUACAGAAGCUGUGUGUGUGAAUGUGAAACUGGCUUCCUGUAAGAACCAGUACUCCUCCCAACCUCAUGAUGAUGAUGAUGUUGAUGAUGAUGAUGACGACGCCCAACAGGAGUCUGUCUAUCAAGACAUCACACCUUAUGACAACAUCUAUCACAGCCUCAAUAUCACAACCACAGACAGACACUGAGUGUGCUAAGUGAUGAUGCAGUGGCAUAUGAGUUCCAGAGGGGGAUGCUGUUUUUUUGUCAAAAAAUAAGAGGAACGGCUGCUCAUCUGAGCAUAAUAUAAGACAGGCUGAUUGGACAUUGAAUGUGUGUGAUCAGUGAGAACUGACAAUUUAACAAGUGGCACAGGGGCAGACUGGCCAUUUGACAUUUCUGGCAAAUUCCAGAUGGCCUGGUCCAUUUUUUGCCUUGUGGGCCUGUCAUUAUCUGGCUAAUAAUGAGGUCCUCAAGGAAGAAAAUGGGCCGGUGGGUUAGAAAUGCCAGAUCCGAUUCUGGUCUCAGUCUGCCCCUCAUGCACACACUUUGAACAAUUACAUGUAUUCUGAAUGAAACUUACUGAAUGCCAAUAUUGUGUAGUAUACCUUGAUUAACGGUGAAAGACAGUCAUUUUUGACCUGUAUAGGUGUCUGGCCUACUAAUUUACUUCAGAGAUAAUGUGUUCGCUUUUUAGGAUGAUAUUGUUAAAAAUGCUUGUGAAAGAAUAACAUACAUUUUAAAAAGAAAAUUGCAAGACUGGAUGCAUUUUUUUAUACUAAAAGGAGGCGAGUUUUGUUCAGGAGCAGGGUAAGAGCCAUAUACCGUAUAUGGUAGGACGAGGGAAACACAUUGAACUGUAGAUGGCAGCAAUGCGCCUGGUUUAACCUGCUGGUUUCCUUUUUUUUCCCGAAGAAGGAUCGAAACGUCAUUUCCUUAUUUAGGAUGAAGAACCAGAGAUACUUUUGAGGAGAUGGGAAAUUCUAUUGAAAUCAUUUUCCCGCGCGGUGCAUUUUGGGCGAUAUCACUCCUUCACGGGCGCUAGUUCAAAAAAGCACGAAUUAGCAUGAAUUGCGUGAGCAACAGGUACAAGAUUACAAAUAUUUUUCGAGAUAUGAGAUAAUUAACUUGUUCUCUAUAAUAUCGUGUAGCUUUGAAAUUACGUUAUUUUGAGGGAAAUAGGCA